CCAGAGUAUGCCGGAGAGCAGACGGCGGCUAUAAAACGAAGCGUACGUCGCGACGUCGCUGCGUAGUCAUAUUUCCGCUCGCUCGAGUCGAAACAAUUUCAGACUUGCACCGUCAAGAUGGCACUGUUCCCACUUUUGAACCAAAGCUCGGACCUGGCGAGGCGCCUCUUCGACGACGACUUCGGCUCCAGUUUCCUUGACGGAGAGCUGUUCGACCCGCCAUUCUACCACCAGCGCUUCUACAUCCAGCCUAGGAACCAGCAGCAGUGUCCGUACCCACAGCGACAGCGCGGACACGGACACGGACAUGGACGCGGGUCCCAGGCUGUCGUGGAGAGCGACCCGAACAAGUUCGCGCUCCGGGUCGACGUCCGUCACUUCGCGCCGGAAGAGAUCACCGUCAAGACUGUCGACAACUGCGUCGUAGUCCACGGCAAGCACGAGGAAAAAUCGGACGAGACCGGGUCCUACGUCAAGCGCGAGUUCACGAGGCGUUACGUCCUCCCCGAAGACGUGGACCCACACACGGUGACGUCUAGUCUGUCGGCCGGAGGACUGCUGGCCGUGGAGGCACCGCGCAAGACCCCGAAGGAAGACCCCAACAAGCCGGUAGCCAUCACCGUGCACCACGAGGGAGCGCCCAAAGGAGGUGCUGUCAAGAGCAAGUGAGGCGCUCUCAUGUUCGUCAUUUUGUGUUCACGACCCUUCCGUGCUUCCUCUGCAAGCAUUCCAGUUCCUUGCGUUACUUGUAAACAGUUUCGUUGGUGUAAUGUAUAAAUAAACAAGUUGUAUGUAAUCUCAAA